AUGGCUGAUAACAAGGAAACCAAAGAAAAGAGUUUACAAGAGCAAAUAGACCAACUUGAUCACCAAGUUGCCAAACAAAGGAAAAUAUUGGCGUCAACAGCUCAGCAACUUUUAAGUUUGCAAUUGAAACAAAACAGGGAGAAACUUGCGUCAAUUCCAAAUCCAGACCCCGCUUCCAUACUGGCGUCUGCCAGCGGUAAGAUUCCAAGUAGCUCUGAUUCAAUUGACACGUCUGAAUUUGCCACUAAUCAGGAUUUGGUCCAGUUAGUGGGAGAGUUGCAAGGCCAGCUCACAUUGCUAGAUGAAAGGUCGAAAAACAGAGUUGCCAACUCACUGUUGACCGAGGAUGAUGAGAAGAUACUUCCUAUUCCAAAUGUUGACGGAAAAAAUGCACCAGCAAGCAUAUAUCCAGCUACAAUCGGUGAUUACAAGAAGCUCACACCCGAUCAAUUAAUUGAAAAUUGUUCUUUUUACGAACUUUUGCCAGAGACUGCGGAGGAAGAGGCAAGAAUGAAGGCAUUUAUGGCAGGAAAAAUCAAAUCCCCAAAUGUUCCUCCAGAGGAAUUCAAGCUUAAGGCCAGCGACUACCCCCAAAAGGUCAUCGAUGAGCUGUACGUGUCGUUUAGGACAUUUAUCGGAUUAAGGAAAUUCAAGAAUUGA